AUGGAGGGGAGAUCAGGAAAGGUCAAGGAAUCCGUAGGUCUUGACCGGGCAUGCGGGCAUGGUCCAGAUGACAUCUGCACCUUGUCGGUGCCCGUCACCAACCGGAUGUCAUCAGCUCCUAGCGUUGAUGAAGCAUAUGCGGAAGGACCUUUCCGUAGGAGACGGACUGCGGAUGUUCUAGCGGUCAAACUCAUUCUAUGGGCCGUUGAUCCCGAUGUAAGUUACCUCGAUUGUCCUGCCCCCUAUCCGUACCAAGACCACAUCAACAUGGUACUAACCCUGAUCAAGGGUGGAUAUCAUUCAUCACAGCCCGCGGAUGGAUGUGCCUCUCCCCCUGAUGAAGGUUUCCACACACCUUCCAGGAACGGAAAGGAAGCUGGACUGCCAUUAUGCAUCCCUGGAACGAUUCUCGCGAAGUCCCUUUCUUCGUACAGUACUUUGGCCAUCCACACGCAACUUUCCCAUCAUGUGUCCACUAAUGCAAGUUGGAAUCACCCAAACUGCGGCGCAUUUGUGACGAAGAUUUGA